CAAGAUCUCUGGAGAGGACAGAACAAAACGAAUCACUCUGUUCAGUAUUUAUUAAUCUCAACUCCUACUUAUCAAAGAUGAUCAGCUCUGGAAACCUGGUGAGGAGUGCGCUGGUCGCCAUCGUCCUGGUGGCUGUGGUGGAGUCGGGGUCGGCAGAUCAGAAGCUGGCGACCUGCUGCAAGACGGUGAGCAGAAAUCCCAUCACUGAGCCCAUCACAGGGUUCAUGGUGCAGCAGGCGAACCUCCCAUGUGUCAAAGCUGUGAUCUUUCAGACAAAGUCGGGUCUCUACUGCAGUCAGCUCAACGCUAAGUGGGUUCCACUUAAGAUCAGAGAAUUCAUGAAAGCAAAAGCUCAGUCAACUCUUCCUCCCAAGGUGUCCCUCCUCUCCAUCAUCACAUCCAGCGCCUCCCCUUCAUCAUCCUCUGCUCCUCUCCCCUCCUCCGCUCUUCCCUCCUCCGCUCUUCCCUCUUCUUCAUCAUCCUCUGCUCCUCUCCCCUCCUCCGCUCUUCCCUCUUCUUCAUCAUCCUCCGCUCUCCCCUCCUCCGCUCUUCCCUCCUCUGCUCUCCCCUCCUCUGCUCUUCCCUCCUCUGCUCUUCCCUCCAUCUCCUCCACAUCUGAGAUGCCUGCUGAUGAAACCUCCACCUCCAGCAGCCACCAGUAGAACAGCACCACCUCCACCUUCAAGGACCUUCGUCUAGAAGUCACCGCCUCUGGCAUCAACAUUACUGUAAACGAAAUGUUUUAAAAACAAAAAGCACUUGAAAAGCACAGUACUGUUCUAUUUAGUUUCUUUUAAUAGGUUUUUAUGACUGGAACUAUUUAUUAGUUUAAUUUAAUUGACCAUUGCUGAUAGAAGUGUUCAUGUAUUUAUUAGAAUUUUUAUUUACAAGUUACUGUAAACAACACUAUGAAAAGUGUCAUGUGCUUAUACUGAUAGAGAGCACACAUGUAUUUAUGAAAUUGAGCUGUUUAGGAUUAUUUAUUGAUUUUAAAGCUUGUGACUGUGCAACUCUUGAAAAAAAACAUUGUUCAGAAAUAAAUGUUGCGCCUGUGAACUGG